ACGAUAAAAUCAUAAAAAGCAACAUAUGACGGUUAAAAUACUGUUUUGCGCCCGCGAAAAAGCGGUUUCAGGUAUUUGUUUAAUGGGUGGGAAGAACUGGAAAGGGUGCAGAGGCUCGUGGGGCUCAAAUGUGGUCACUUCACUCACUCUCUAUCUCCCUCUCCUACACACAUACACGCUCUUUUUCUUCUUUUCGUGCUCUCUUUUUUAAUCAUUUGUUCACAUUUGAAGGCUUGAGACUCUUCUUGGAGAAGCUCAAGUCUUGCAAAUCCGAGUAUGGUGAAGGAGACAGAAUAUUAUGAUGUACUUGGUGUCAGUCCAUCGGCAACCGAGGAGGAGAUUCGAAAGGCGUAUUAUCUGAAGGCAAGGAAAGUUCAUCCAGAUAAAAAUCCAGAUGACCCUCAUGCUGCUGAAAGAUUUCAGGUCUUAGGUGAAGCAUAUCAAGUUUUGAGUGAUCCUGUGCAAAGGGACGCAUAUGAUCAAAAUGGAAAACAUUGCAUAUCUAGGGAAACCAUGUUGGACCCCAUGGCCGUUUUUGCCCUCCUAUUUGGAAGUGAAUUGUUUGAGGAUUACAUUGGACAUUUAUCCGUGGCAUCAAUGGCUUCUUCUGAAUUAGCUAGUGAAAGUGACAAUCCUGAGAAGCUACAUGAUAAACUGAAGGCUGUCCAAAAAGAAAGACAAGAAAAGCUGUCAAGGUUGCUCAAAGAUUUUCUUAAUCAGUAUGUCCAAGGUGACAAAGAUGGAUUUGUACGACGUGCUGAAUCUGAAGCCAGACGGCUUUCUGGGGCAGCUUUUGGGGCUGAUAUGUUGCACACAAUUGGCUAUAUAUACUCAAGACAAGCAGCCCAAGAGCUUGGAAAAAAGGCUCUGUAUUUGGGAGUACCAUUUGCAGCUGAGUGGGUUAGAAAUAAGGGCCAUUUCUGGAAAUCACAGAUUUCUGCAGCAAAAGGUGCUUUCAAGUUGUUGCAACUUCAGGAAGGCGCGCGCCAGCAAUUCAAAAUGGAUGGCAAUGGUAAUGGAAAUGACAUUGAAUCACAUUUGCGUUUAAACAAAGACGCGUUGAUGAGCUCAUUAUGGAGAUUGAAUGUUGUGGACAUUGAAUUAACUCUUGUACAUGUAUGCCAGAUGGUGUUAAGGGAAAAUAAUGUUAAGAAAGAGGAACUUAAAGCUCGUGCUUUGUCUCUGAAACUUUUGGGGAAGAUUUUCAUGGAGGAAAAGCAAGCCAGAAGUGGGGGGACAUCAAAAGGAAAAGCUGCUGCAGAUAUAGAUGACGAUGAUGGAAGCAGUUCUGACAGCAGUAGUGAAGAGUCGUCGCCGAGAAUGCUUUCAUAUCGAACACCUUUUCUCACUCAGGGAAUAGGAAGACUCUUCAGAUGCCUCUGCAAUCCAGCAUUUGACGUGGAUGACGACGAAAUUGUGUACAAAAGCAAAACAGGACACUAGGAGGUUUGUGUUUUCAUAAGCAUUGUUGAUCAUAAACAUAUAGAAAAGCAUUCUGUUUAAUCAAGGACUUUGUGUAACAAGACUGGUGCAAGCCAUGAAUUAAUGUUCUAUGGGGUCUGAUCUCGCGCUGGACGUGGAAAAAGUUGGCUCUAGCAAGUUCUGUCGAAUUCU